UAGCUAAUAAGCACGGCCAGCACUGACAGCCUAAACACAGACGUGCCUACUGCCUGGUGCUGAUCGGCGGCAGGAAUAAUAAUGGCAGCCAAGCUCGCCCUGCUCCUCGCCGCGGCGAGCCUGCUGGUGCUCGCGGCGGCGACGACGACCGCGGACGCCAGGCCGCUGAGGAGAGAGGAGCUGCCGUGGUCGUCGUCGGAGGGCGGCGAUGACACCCGGCACGCGGUGGUGGUGGAGCCGCCGCCGGCGGGCGGCAUCCGGACGGUGGUCGGGGCGGCCGCGGAGCGCGACGGCCGCAAGUUCGCGAUGAGCAUCGACAUGCUCCGCGGGAUCAAGGACUCCGGCCCGAGCCCCGGCGCGGGGCACUAGCAGGCUCUGCUGCGCUCGCCCGCGAGGGAAUGGCAAGAUGCCCCCCCAGCGCUGGUCUAGCUUAGGCGAAAAAAAAAAGUAUCCUUGGCCGGAGGGGCUCGUGUUCUUUGGUACAGUACUAUGUUUUGUUUGUUCUUUGUUAUGUACGGUUGGCGUUUACGUAUAGCAAAUUAAUGACGAAGCCAGCACCGCGCACCGGCAUAGUACAUAGUACAUAGUCGUGCCCUUGUUUCAGGUGCAAUAGCUUAAUUAUCUUGUAACAUGUAGCCUCAUAUGUAUUAUAUGGUCUCAUGAUCGAGAUACAUACUAUUACAUCAAUGUUUUGUACAUAUAUAAAUAAGGUGAUGAAUGAGUAUUCCACGAA